UAUAUUAUAUUUGAAUUCAUCGUUCUACAAUUUCAAAUAUUUUAUUACAUCCUUGAAUCUAUUUUUCGGCUCUUUGUACCUGUCGAACCUGAAUCGGUCAAAGGGGAAAUAGUAUUGAUCACGGGAACUGGCCAUGGAAUUGGUCAACAAUUAGCUUAUCAAUAUGCAGCCGCGGGAGCCAAGGUGGUAUGCUGGGAUAUUAAUGAAAAGAACAAUCAAGCAACAGCCGAAGAGAUAGUUAAAAGGGGCUAUGCUAGACCCCACUGCUAUGUGUGCGAUGUUUCCAAUAGACAGGAAGUACUUAAAGUGGGUGAAGAAGUUAAAAAGGAAGUGGGUAAUGUAAACAUUCUUAUAAACAAUGCAGGUAUUAUGCCCACUCAUCCUCUGGAACAACACACGGAAGAAGAAAUUCGACGAAUAAUGGAUAUAAACGUAUUGGCUCAUUUUUGGACCUUAGAGGCUUUUUUGCCAGCAAUGAAGCAAGCUAAUCGGGGUCAUAUUGUUUGCUUAUCGUCGAUUGCUGGGGUCGUAGGUAUUCCAAAUUUGGUACCAUAUUCGGCAUCGAAGUUUGCAGUUCGAGGUUUAAUGGAAACUUUGGCUGAAGAAUUGAGAUGGAAUCCAACUAACCAAAUAAAAACGACCACCGUUUGCCCAUUUAUGGUAGACACUGGGUUGUGCAAGAGGCCCUUCGUAAAAUUCGAGCAGGCAUUAAAUCUUCUAAGUCCCGAACAUGUAGCUCAGAAGAUAGCGCAAGCUCAAAGGACUGGAAAAACAGAAAUAACUAUUCCCGAAAUUCUUCUACCAGUUGGUAUUCUCACCAGAUUGUUGCCGGAAAAAGCCCAAAUCAAAGUAAAAGAGUUUUUCAACAGUGGUGUAAAUUCUGAUUUAGAAUAGACCUUCCGAAUUUUGUUUUGUUAAAUUUCAAUGCUGUUCUAAUAGCCUAUUAAAGAACUCUGAGUUUGAA